CCAUCGAGUCACUCUGACACCUCAAACGCAGCUACCCCGCUAUCGGCCCGUGCGCGUGCCGUAGCCCCUUCCCCCACUCGACGACAGCCAACAGCAGAGUCUCGUGGUCUGGAAGCUCCUUCCUCUUGACUGUUGUGUAUCCCACGCACAAGCAAAAUUUCUGACGCCCUUUAAUUCCCUCAUCUCCACUAGACAGGCUUUGGUGCUUCAAUUGCUCUUCUUCUUCACCACUUCGACUUCGUCCUUCGACUACCCCGCCUUCUCCUAAAACACCCUUGCUUUCACACAGCUCAACAAAAAUGGUCAAGGCAGUUGUUGCAGGCGCUUCCGGAGGCAUUGGACAGCCGCUGUCCCUUCUCCUCAAGUCCUGCCCUCUCGUCGAUGAGCUCUCGCUCUAUGAUGUCGUCAACACGCCCGGUGUCGCAGCCGAUCUCUCCCACAUCUCCACACCGGCCAAAGUGACCGGCUUCCUGCCAAAGGACGAUGGCCUGAAGCAGGCCUUCACCGGCGCCGACAUCGUCGUCAUCCCAGCUGGCAUUCCCCGCAAGCCCGGCAUGACCCGUGACGACCUCUUCAAGAUCAACGCAGGCAUUGUGCAAGGCCUCAUCGAGGGCGUUGCUGCACACUGCCCCAAGGCGUAUAUCCUCGUCAUCUCCAACCCUGUCAACUCGACCGUCCCGAUUGCUGCUGAGGUGCUCAAGCGGGCGGGCUGCUUCGACCCCACGAAGCUAUUCGGUGUCACCACGCUCGAUGUUGUCCGUGCUGAGACCUUCGUUGCCGGCAUUAGCGGCGAGAGGGACCCGGCAAAGACUACUAUCCCAGUCAUUGGUGGCCACUCUGGAGAGACCAUUGUUCCUCUCUUCAGCCAGGCUAAGCCUUCUGUUAAUAUUCCGGCUGACAAGAUGGACGCUCUUGUGAACCGCGUACAAUUCGGAGGUGACGAGGUCGUCAAGGCCAAGGAGGGUGCUGGUUCCGCCACACUCUCCAUGGCCUACGCUGGCUACCGCUUCGCUGAGAAGGUCCUGAAGGCCGUUAAGGGCGAGAAGGGCAUCGUCGAGCCCAGCUUUGUCUACCUCCCUGGCGUGUCCGGCGGUGAUUCCAUCGCUAAGACCACCGGCUGCGACUUCUUCUCCGUACCAAUUGAGCUUGGCCCCAACGGUGUUGAGAAGGCCAUCGACGUCGUCAGCAGCGCGAACGAAAACGAGAAGAAGCUCCUCGAGGCUUGCUACACUGGCCUCAAGAGCAACAUUUCCAAGGGUAUCGAGUUCGUGCAGAACCCUCCUCAGAAGUGAGUCCCCCGGAGCCCCUUGGCUUCCCUCUUCUCUCCAUAGAAGAAUACUCAUAUGUGUUCAGCAAAUAGACUAUAGGACGAUAGGUGACGCCGUACGAGCGACAACAAUAUGUGAGGGAUAUGCACUUUGGUUUGCAGAAGCUAUAUACGUGCUGGGAUUGGAUGGGUCCAAGCCCCUUUAGAUAGCCGGAAUUGAGCUCCUCGGCGAAGAAGCCAUAGGUGCAGUUGCUGCUCGUUUUCAUGUUUGUGAUGAAUCGUGGCCCCAGAUUCUUGCAAGAUAGGGCCGGGUAUGCGGCCUGACUCCCAAACGCCGCCCAAUGCCGCUGAAACAUGACUAUACAUCACCU